GUAGAAAUCAUUGACUGCCCUCUGGUGUCUCUAGGAAGUAAAAAAAACAAUGAAAGAAAAUAACACGAGACGAUGUCAGUGCAGAAUGUUGUUUAAGAGUUGAGAAACUGGGUGUCUUUUAGACGUCGCAACUGCAAUUGUAAAAUAAUAACAGCCAUCAUAAUGUAGAUUCCAUUUGUCACUCCACUGCUGGAUGAAGGCUUCCCCCUGUGCAAAGUAGGGCGUGGGACGUUUGCUUUGACCAUACUUCACCACGCUGGUCAUUGCGGAUUACGUAAAGCUAGGCAUCCAGGACCUGUUAAAAUAUCACUCGCCACCAAUAAUGAACAUCCUUGGCUGGGAAUUGAGCUCAGGUCACACUGCUCAGCGGUCUUAAGCAAGAGUGUCUUAAAGUGUGCAACAUAACACUGAAAGGACACUCGUCACUCGAGAUGGCCCUGAGCCGUGAAAAUUAAACAUUUCCAUGGCGGAGGACAGUCUCUCCGUAAAGGCACCGUUGUUGACUUCCCAAAUAUUUGGGCCAUAAUGCCACGCAAGCCACAGCAAUCCCCAGUGAUAUUUCUGCCUCUCGCAUCACAGUCGUCUCACCAAGUUGCUCGGCGCAGCAGGCGAUGCGUCACAGGGGAGGCAUUCAUCCAGCAGCGGAUUGCUCGUGAUUUUUCAUGUUCAAAAGCGACGGUUGGCAAUUCCACGUUCCCAUGGUGAGGUCGGUGGGGGGAGGGUGGUGGCGAUCUGGUGUCAUUGUGUUUGAUCGAUAAUUGGUCAACCCUAAACCGCAUCCACACAAACAACGGCAGACCCGGAUAGCUGAUGCACAAAUGAAAACUUAGAGAUUUCUCGAGUAGCGCGCGACUGUGGGUCAUCCAGAAAAGAGACCGGUGAACAACGUGUCAUGACGCAAUACCCCGAUCCACGAAUACGAAGAAGGAGACAUCACAGCGGCGAUACGGCUAACUCCGCUUUCUCCCGCUGACGCUUUCAUCUGCUGGGCUUCACCAACCCUGAACGUGGAAUUGCAGCCAUUGUCUCCGCGUCUACAUCGACAGCCGUGCAAAAGAAAGGAAGAAAUAAGAUGAUAAAACCCGCCGCUUUUGGAAACUGUGAUGCCGAAAUUGAAGUUUGCAAGCGGUUUCAUUUUCGCCGUGAUGUGUGCAUGCCUAUGGGUGGGUGGCGGCGUCGGGGACAUCGCGGGGGGCCUGUGCCAGCCGAGCAGGAGGUGCCCGCCGCUCCCUCCGCCCCCUCCGCCUCCUCCGCCUGUGCCCAGGAGCCGCGACUCGACGCCCGAGGCUCCCCACGGUGGCGGCGUCGCGGGGCUCGGCGCGGGACUCCGGGCCGCGUGUGCAGGAGUGGGGCUCGCCGUGCUCGCUCUACUGCUGGUCGCCCUCGCUCGCUGGAAGGCGGCGCAACUCUGCUCGUGCAGGGGACUCGCCCGAAGGACGAGUCAGCAGGAACCAGGGUUAACGAUGACAUUCCGCGCCGACGACGUGAAGACGGAGAGUGAAGGGCGCCCUCCGCCACCCACGGAGACGGAGUGAUUCGUUACCCCCACCCCCUCACCGCCCCUUCCCCCCUCAGUGACGUCACACGUCGUCACCAGACACAAUCAGCGACGCCUGUGACGUCACAGGCUCCGGCGCCUCGACUGCACUCGAGGCCUCGUGCUGCUGUGACAAACACACGUGCUUAUUGUUGCAUUAUUAUUCUUAUUGUUGGCUCAGCAAAGUUUCGAGUUUAUUUUGUUCAUCGACUGUAAUGUCAUCGACCAUUAUUGGCAGUAACGUUGGCGCAAUGCGUCAUUGAUUGUUUUUUUUUUUUAUGGGUUAGGCCACGUAAUCAUCUGACCAAAAAAUUAUGCGCCGAAAAUGUACGUGUUCAGUUUAGCAUCAGUCUUAGCGGCAUCAUCAUCAUCAUCAUCAUCAGUAAUUUCAGUCUCAGCAACAUCGGUAACGUCGUCAGCGUCAUCGGCGCCAAUCGGAUCAUCGGCAUCGGUAGCGCCGACAUUCCCGAGUACCGACAUCAGUUGCCAUAACAACUGAAUCAGUCGCAAUGACGUCGUCGGCAUCAGCGGCGCCUUGAGCGCCGUCAUGGCCUCACGCGCCGCUUCGCCCAUACACGCACGUGACGCACAGACUCUGCGGCUCUCUACCUGCGCCAACUACGCCCCGCGCCAACAAGCGUCACACUUCCAUCGCGGCCGAGAGGCUGACUUUUGGGGCAAUCGACACCUGGGCCCUCGAGGGCGAUCGAUGUUUUUAAACAGACGGAACAAACCUCCCCGCGAAUAUCUCGCUCGCCCUGUCAAGAUCAACCCGCCAGCCAUUCUUUUCCUUUUAGCCCCUCACACUAUCCUCCGCUAUUCCCCUCCCACCCGCGAUGCCCCCCGAGAGGCUCUCGAACCAAAUCCGAAACUCUACGACUGCAAAUACUCACUUGGGUCUCCGAGCAUGCCAGCGUCUUUGAGCAUUGGGGUUGACAAACUUGCAGGCCGUGGUUUCUCAACCCGCUGAUUUGCCUCCAUCCAUUCCGGUGCUUUGCCUUCGUCGCUUAAUUUGGGCUCUGACCCCCCCAAACAAACCUUGCAAACUCUCACUCUAUUACAAAAAAGCCUCCAUCAAGCGUCUGCAACCUCCUGCAGCAGCUCGUCCUUGCCCAAGACAAGGAUAACGUCACAUACUAUACUAUACACUACACUAUACACUACAUUACAUACUAUACACUACACUAUACACUGCACCAUGUGAUCUCAACCUGGGGGGUACGCGGACCCCCGGGGGUACGUGAGGUGAUUUAUAAACGUGUCAAGCUAUAUUAUACAUGAGUCGUUACAUACAAUACUAUACACUACACUAUACACUACACUAUACACUGCACCAUGUGAUCUCAACCUGGGGGGUACGCGGACCCCCGGGGGUACGUGAGGUGAUUUAUAAACGUGUCAAGCUAUAUUAUACAUGAGUCGUUACAUACAAUACUAUACACUACACUAUACACUACACUAUACACUACACUAUACACUACACUAUACAUUGCAUCAGUUCUCAACCUGGGGGGUACGCGGACCCCUCGGGGUCACGUGGCAAUGUCCCAGGGGGUUCGUGAGGUGAUCUAUAAAUGUGUGAAAUUCUAUUAUACGUGAAAAGUCAUUGGUGAAUAAUCAUGUAUGAAUCUGCCAAUAUAAAAUAACGACGAAAACAUUUAAAUCCAUAUGGUAACCUAGACCGAUAUAGAAGACCUUUUCUGAACUCAUUGAUUGUGAACAAUGAACGUCACUCAA